AGCCCCCGACGCCGCACCCAGCAGCAGGCAGCCCUCCCCCUCCCUCUGUGUUCUCAGCAAUGCUUUGUGAGCAGCUCUGGCGUCUGUACCAGCAGUUUUGCUUGCGUGGUAUGGAGGCUUGCUUUGCUAUGACAGUUUCACCUCUCUAGCCGGAUUCCAGAGUAGGGCCGGGCCUCCCCCUCAGGCCUUGCUCUCUGGGGCCAGGCUGAGUCUCUCCCAUCAGACUAGACUUCCCAGGGCAGGACUGCAUCUCCUCCUCACUCUGACGGCCCUGUGACCCCAGACAAGGGCUCCCUCAGGGCCCCUUCACGCACCCCUUUCUCCACCAUUAGAGCUGUGCAUUGGCUGUGCAGGCCCCUCUUCUGAGGCCUGGGGUUGUGGCCUUGAUGUGAGCCGAGGUGACUGUUUGGAGGUGGCCAGCAUGACCUGAGCCGUGGGGCUCCUCCCCUGUGGCCUCUGGAGGGCUUCAGAUCUCAGGCCCCAGCCCAACAUCUUCAGACACAGACAUAUAGCUUUUCCCAGUCGCCUGGCUGUCUGGGGGAGUAGGUGGGGAGCUGGGGCUUCGGACUGUCUAGAUUCCAGGCUAGGCUGUGGGAACAGUGGCCACUGCUCGGGCUGCAGGUGAAAGGGGAGCUGGAGCCAUGGAGCUGAGUCAGGAAGGCCUUGUGUCUGUCCCCAGCACGCUAAUUUUAUCCCAGCUGGUGGGGAGGGGGGGCCUGGGGCCUGAGACCUAUCAGCCCUGCCCGAGCCUUGGCCAGCACCACACCCCUACCACCCAGCAGGAAGUGGGCUGUCAGCUCCCACCUUGUGCAGCCCUGGGGUCCUGGGAGGCCUGACGUCCUAAGCUGUCAGGCUAUUUGCGGAGCACCGGAGGAGACCCAGGUGAACCCGAGGGCAGUGAGCUCAGCACUUCUCUGUGGCCUGUGGUGCGGGCAUCUCCCUGAACGCACCUGAGAACCACUACUCAGUCUGGAUGAGCCAGUCUCUCCUGCCUCCUAGUGCAACCUUGGGCUAGAGUAUCCCUGAAGGCCCUCCGUUUCUGCAUCUGUACAGUGAGCUGGGCCACAGCUGAGGUGGAGGGCCAUGCAGGGCAGGACCAUGUGGACUUUGGCCUGGCCGAGCCGCACACGGUGCUUUUCCACGAGCCGGGCAGCUCCUCCGUGUGGGUGGGUGGACGCAGCAAGGUCUACGUCUUCGACUUCUCCAAGGGCAGGAACGCCUCCAUGCGCACAGUGAACAUUGGCUCCACGAAGGGGUCCUGCCGGGACAAGCAGGACUGCAAGAACUACAUCACGCUCCUGGAGAAGCAGGGCGAGGGGCUGCUGGUCUGCGGCACCAAUGCCCGGCGCCCCAGCUGCUGGACCCUGGUGAAUGACACUGCAGAGUUGCUUGGUGAGAGGAGAGGCUAUGCCCCCUUCAGCCCGGAUGAGAACUCCCUGGUUCUGUUUGACGGCUCUGAGGUGUACUCCACUAUCCGGAAGCAGGAAUACAAUGGGAAGAUCCCUCGGUUCCGGCGUAUCAAGGGUGAGAUUGAGCUGUACACCAGUGAUACCGUCAUGCAAAACCCGCAGUUCAUCAAGGCCACCAUUGUGCACCAAGACCAGGCGUACGAUGACAAGAUCUACUACUUCUUCCGAGAGGACAACCCUGACAAGAAUCCCGAGGCCCCUCUCAACGUGUCCCGAGUGGCCCAGCUGUGCAGGGGGGACCAGGGUGGAGAGAGUUCACUGUCGGUCUCCAAGUGGAACACCUUCCUGAAAGCCAUGCUGGUGUGCAGUGACGCCACCAGCAACAAGAACUUCAACAGGCUGCAGGACGUCUUCCUGCUCCCUGACCCUAACGGCCAGUGGAGGGACACUAGGGUCUAUGGCGUUUUCUCCAACCCCUGGAACUACUCUGCCGUCUGCGUGUACUCCCUCGGUGACAUUGACAAGGUCUUCCGCACUUCCUCACUCAAGGGCUAUCACUCAGACCUUCCCAACCCACGGCCUGGCAAGUGCCUCCCAGACCGGCAGCCGAUACCCACAGAGACCUUCCAGGUGGCCGACAGUCACCCUGAGGUGGUGCAGAGGGUGGAGCCCAUGGGGCCUCUGAGGGCACCGCUGUUCCACUCUAAGUACCACUACCAGAAAGUGGUUGUCCACCGCAUGCACGCCAGCAACGGGGAGACCUUCCAUGUGCUUUACCUAACCACAGACAAGGGCACCAUCCACAAGGUGGUGGAGUCGGGGGAACGGGAACACAGCCUUGUCUUCAGCAUCUUGGAGAUCCAGCCCUUUCGCCGUCCGGCCACUAUCCAGGCCAUGUCACUGGACGCUGACCGGCGGAAACUGUAUGUGAACUCCCAGUGGGAGGUGAGCCAGGUGCCCCUGGACCUGUGUGAGGUCUACAGUGGGGGCUGCCAUGGCUGCCUCAUGGCCCGAGACCCCUACUGCGGCUGGAACCAGGACCGCUGCGUCUCCAUCUACAGCUCCCCAAAGUCAGAGCCAAUGCUGCAGUCCAUCAAUCCAGCCGAGCCACACAAGGGGUGCCCCAACCCAAAGCCAGAACAAGCCCCACUGCAGAAGGUUUCCCUGGCCCAGAACUCUCGCUACUACCUGAGCUGCCCCAUGGAGUCCCGCCACGCCACCUACUCGUGGCGCCACGAGAACAGUGUGGAGCAGAGCUGUGAGCCCGGCCACCAGAGCCCCAACUGCAUCCUGUUCAUCGAGAACCUCACGGACCUCCAGUACGGCCACUACUACUGCGAGGCCCAGGAGGGCUCCUACCUCCAUGAGGCUCAGCACUGGCAGCUGCUGCGCGAGGAUGGCGCCAUGACCUCACACCUGCUGGGCCGCGCCCGCGCCCUGGCUGCCUCCCUCUGGCUGGGUGUCCUGCCCACGCUUACUCUUGGCCUGCUGGUCCAUUAGGGCCUCCUGGGGCUGGGCAUGCUGCAGGCUUCUGCAGCCCCAAGGCACUAGAAAAGUCUCACACCCAGAACCGGCUGGGCCCGGAGCUCCUUGCCCACCACUUCUUCCAGGGGAACUACAUAACCCAACGGGGAACGCCAGGCCUGGAGAUGACCAGCCGCAGGCGGCUGCUGGGCCCCGGUGGGGCAGGGGCGGGUGUGGGCCAGAGAAUGAAGGCUCCGACUGUGAAGCUGGCGCCUUGCUGACCCAAGACUUUAUCUUUUGGAGACCAUUUUUCAAAAACUGCUCCUCAAACUGACUAGAUGCAAUGAUGCUCUUGGCCUAAGAGCCUGUGGCCCAGAGAGUGGGGUUUAAAGAGGGGAGUUGGGACCCCAUCUCUGGACGUUUGGGCUGAGGCCUGAGUCCUUCUGGACUCUCUAUACCCAAAUCGCCCCCCUCAUCCUCCCUCCUGCCAUGGCUGGGGGUGGCUAGUGUUCCCGCAGGCCCAGGGCUGCCCUCUGUGGCCCCCUCACCAGCCCUGGGUCUCACUAGGCAGCUGCCUUGCAUGUUUAUUGAAGGAUGUUUGCUUUCCGGACAGAAGGACGGAAAAAGCUCUAUUUUUAUGUUAGGCUUAUUUCAUGUAUAGCUACUUCUGACUGCAUCUGUAUGAAAUACCAAAACUGCGUGCUGGGGUGGGGUGGGGAGGGAGGGGCUGGGGAAGGGAUGGGUCACGGGCAAGGGGGUCCCAGUCUGUGGCUCCCGGGAAUGCGAUAAGAGUCCAGGGAUGGGUGUGGGUUUGGCGAGAGUGGCAUGAGCUGGCUCUGCCCUGGGAGCCCAGUCUGAAGGGGACGUCGUCCAAGCCCCUGAUGUGGGGUGGUUAUGGGAGGGGGUGGGAUGAGGGAGACAGGGGAGAAUGAAGGAGAAAACUGAGCGCUAGUUUCACCGUGUUCAUUUUGAAGGAGGAGCCAGGUCCUCAGGGGGAGGUUCUGGGACUCUGCCCUUGGCAUUGGGGGUUGAGGGGUGGGGGGGUGGGGGCUCCCUCCCUGGGGGCUCCCUCCCCUCCCCUCCCCUCAGCCCCCUUCCCCAGGGGCUGUGCUUCCAUGCUCCUAGCCUCCCACCUUCAGCUCAGGACAUGUUAUAACUUAGGCUAAACUGUGAAUUCCUGUAGGGACGACCUGGGCCAAGCUCUCCAGGUGGGCGGCUCUGCCCCCAGUCCUGUCCAUGGAUUUCAGCAGAGAGCUGGGCCCUUCUCUGGCUGUGUCUGGCCAGCCUGGGGCAGGGCCUGGGGCUAGUGGCCUUCCAGCUUCGGCCCCUGCAUCUCUUCUCAAUGCACUUUAAUAAUGUAACAUAUUACUAAUAAACAAGCUAUUUAUUUA